UUUCCAAAGGCAGUGGAUUGGGAAGCAGUGGAUAGUUUCAUUGAUGUUGAUCGUGCUGUUAAAGAUGUUGAUUGGGCUAAAGCAGGAACUGAGGCUGGUUUGGAAAUGCUGGAAUCAUUCUGUGACAGCAGGCUCAAAUAUUUUGCAACCGAUAGGAACAAUCCCAUAAAGGAAGCUUUAAGUAACUUAUCACCAUGGUUUCAUGCAGGUCACAUAAGUGUCCAGAGAGCAAUCCUCAGAGUAAGAGAGUUCCACAGCAAGUCUAAAGACUCUGUUGAGGCCUUCCUCGAGGAAGCAGUUGUUAGGAGAGAAUUAGCUGAUAAUUUUUGCUUUUACAACUUGGAGAAUUAUGACUCAAUCAAAGGGACAAAUGCGUGGGCACAGAAGACUCUGCAUGAUCAUGCACAGGAUAAAUGGGAAUAUUUGUACACAAGAGAAGAGCUUGAAAAUGGGAACACACAUGAUGACCUUUGGAAUGCUGCCCAGCUUCAGCUGGUAAAUGAAGGCAAAAUGCAUGGUUUCCUAAGAAUGUACUGGGCAAAGAAAAUUCUAGAGUGGACAGCCAGCCCUGAAGAGGCCCUUGAGGUGUCUCUCUUCCUUAAUGACAGGUUCAGUCAGGAUGGCAAUGACCCUAAUGGAUAUGUGGGUUGCAUGUGGUCAGUAUGUGGAGUGCAUGAUCAAGGUUGGGCUGAAAGACCAGUGUUUGGAAAGAUACGCUACAUGAACUUUAAUGGCUGUAAGAGGAAGUUUGAUGUUGGAGAGUUUGAGAAAACAUGGCAAGAAGAAGCAGGACACUACUGGGGGGACUGAUAAAAUUUUGAAGAACAAGAAACGAAAGGCAGCAGGAAUAAGCUGAACAUGCUCUAUGUUGAAAAAAUGCUCCAGUUUUUAGUUCUUUGCUAAAUAGUUGUUAGUGUGUAUUUGGGAGUUUUAUUUUGACAGCCCAGUGUCCAUUGAAGUUGAGCUCCCUGACUCUAUCCAGGCUAGCACUUUGUUGCAAAAUUCAAUGGCAGGGUUUAGUCAUGUCUGAUAUUUUCAAAAGGGAGAUAGAGAAGAGAGAGAGACUGGCUUCAGUCGUUCAAAUGCUGGAUAGUACUAUCUGUUUGAAAACAGUCUACA